GUUUUAUGGUCUGUAUUGCUUUGUGACUAAAAAGUGGAGCUUCUGUGGUAUUUUCUAUGGGAGACCAGUUUUUUAAUAUUACUUUCGAAAUUAAUAACAAAAUACAAAGUACGAGUAAGACGAAUACGAGAUAUAAAGUUAAAAAAGAAAAGUGUAAAAGUAGUGAGCAGAAGAAAUACAUGAGCUCCCGCUUUCGACGGCCGGCGAACGUAUUUAUCUCCGGCAACAAAUGUAAUAUUUUAACAAAGAGGUACAAAUAAUUCAAUUGAAAAAAUACGCCUCACUGUAUGUAACCAAUUGUGCAUAUUAAUAAAAACAAUAUAAAAAGAUAUCAGAAACAGAAAAGAAAGAAAACUGUACAAUGGAGAACCAAGUUACAUGCUCUGAAAGUUUAGACAGAAGUAAGAUUUUAGAAUGUAGUGAAGCCAAUAGUAUGAAUGAGAGUCAAGAUUUUCAUUUAGUAGAUACAAGUGAAGAUGAAUCUUUGGAUAAAUCGCAACAAGAUAUAGAAAGUACAAAGCAUGACGAAGCAGCACCUUCUGUUCCUAGUAAUAGUACAGAGACAGUCUUGAAUGAAAUAAAAAUAACAGGGCAUACAAUGACUAUUGACAUACAGAAUAGUGAACUUAUUAAGGUAGAACUUGCACAAAAUAAUGAAUUUAUAAAAGAUAAAGAUGCACAGAAUGCAGAAUCAUCGAAAAAAAUAGAAGAAGGAAAGGAGAUUAAUGAAAAAAACAAGUUACCAGACAAAGAAAAAUAUUCAGAUGGAGAUGAGGAAAUAAUACAGUGCACACCACCCGAAGUUUCUCCACUAUCUAAAAAACAAAGUGGUUGUAGUGUAAUAACGAGUCUAAAACGUAAAGCAGGAUCAUUUGACGAACCACCAGCAAAAAUUUUGAGAAUGGCAUCUAAGGAAGAUAUAUCUGUCUCUGAGAAAAGAGAACAGGAAGAAGAAGAAAGUUGUCAUUCAUUUAAAUCUGAUGAAUCUCAACCCGAAUUUGUGAAGAAUUGUUCUGAUACAAAUGUUAUAAUUGCAGAGACUCAAGAUGUUGGGGAAAAUGAAAAUACAGAAGCUAUGUUAGAAAUUCCUACAAAAUAUGAGGAAAAAACUAAAGAUGAAAGGCACCUUGAAUUGGAAAUGAAAGAUUAUAAAAUAGAUAAAAACAAAAAUUUGAAUGAUACUAAACUGAAUCAAGCUGUUACAAAGAAAGAAGAUAAUGAAGACAUGUCUGAUGCAAAAAGUGUAACAGAAUCUAAUGAGAGUAGGGCAGCACAGAUUCAAAUAAAUGAAAAGGAUUCAACAUCUUUGCUUAAAGCAGUUGUAGUUGAAAAUAUAAAGUUAGAUUUGAGUAAUAAAAGUACAGAUAGUACGAGACCAAUUGAAGUCAAAGAUACUAAAAUGAUGUAUAGUGAGAUUUCAGAGGAUAAGGAAAAUGGCAUUGAGCCUAAGGAACACAUCAGUUUGGAACAAAAUAAUAGUGAUGUUCAAGAAAUGCCAAUUUCUACAGAGGUAACUGAAUCUUACUCUAACAUGUAUUCUGGAAAUGUAUGCAAAUCAAGAAAGAGCAUAGAACUCAUAUAUGAUCAAUCAGCAGUUCUUGAAGUUAGAACAAAAUCCAAAGAAUUAGUAGAAAUUGAUGAGGAUGGUGAAAAGAUCGUAUUAGAUUCAUCUCAAGAAGAUUCUGAUGUAAAAAUUGAAAACAAAAAUACCCUAGAUAACACAAAGUCUGAUACUAUAUACAAAAGUUGUUAUGACAGUAAAAGUAGUAGUGAAUUUAGUUACAAAUCGAUAGAAAAUACCAAAGAAUCAUCCAUUGAUUCAACUAAAUCUGGUAACAAACUUGUAAAUGGAAGUAGCGAGUCAAAAAGAUGUGAUACAGACAGUACAGCUAGUUUACAGUCAGACACAUUCAGCGAUAUGCCUGUUCUUGACAAAGCAGAUAACAAUAUUUCCAUGUCUGUACAUAAUAUAAACAAACAAGUUAAACCAAUAUCUGUUUCUAAAGACAGUGAUCAUGCUGAUAUAUUAAGUGUAAGUGAUAAUGAACCCGAUGUUUUUAUAGUAGAUGAUAAGGGGAAAUCAAAUUCAACUCAUAGUAGUUCUAUCAGCAAAGCCUUGCAAAUGGAGAAAGAAAUUGGUAUAUACGUUAGAAUGAAGUGUUCAUUACACAUUGAUGAAGGUACAAAAGAAUUUCUAAGCAAAGAAAUCACUGGUGUGCAAUGUGAAUCACUUAUUACUGAACCCCCUUUAAUGAGACAAAAAAACAAUGAUACAUCUGCUUCUUUAGCAGAUAUUUCUGGAAAUGACAAUAAGGAUGCAUCUCCUGGAUCAGUGAAUAGUAACCCACAAUUGUAUCAGUUAAAUCCUUCCAGACUUUCAUUUGCAUCAACAAUUAGUUCUUUAAGUUCCGUGUCAAGUGCCGCUUCGUUAGCAGCUAAACUUGCAAUAAGAGAUAAUACACAUUUUUCUUUACCGAGAGUACCUGCGAAGCACGCAAAAAGACAUGCACAAGAUAUACAUUUACUAAAUGAUAAACAAGCAAUAGACGAGGCAUAUGAACGUCUAAGUAAAGAAUGGCAAAACAGUCACCUUCUCACAACAACUGUUUUAAGCUUUGCAAAUACUGAGCUUACUGGAAUUGAUACAUACAAUGUUAGUAAUGAGAGAAUAGAUGAUCAAUUACAAAAGAUUCGAUCUUCUACGCCAGAAGUUCCACAGGAAAUAGUACAGGUAGUAACUCCCAAAAGCACAAAAAAGAGUAAAGCAGUAAAAAGGCCAAGAAGCAAAAAUACUAAAUCGGAUAAUCAAUCAAAUGGAUUAAAUAAAAUUUCAAAGGUACUAAGUCCUACAGAGGGCAACAAUACACAGAAUAGAAAAAAAAAUAAAACAGAACAAAUGGAUAAUAUUUCGAGUACUAUAGAUAUUUCUACAAAACCCCAACCACAUAUGAUAACAGAUGAGUUAAUUGGUAAAGAUGUGUUUGCUAAAUGGUCUGACAAUAAUUACUAUCCUGGCUCAGUUGUUGAUAAAAUAAAAACAAAAUAUAAGAUCAAUUUUUAUGAUGGGAAAAAUAAAGUACUCAUAGAAGAUUUUGUUAUACCAAUACCGAAAAUUCUAAAAGAGGGUUUAUCUGUGUAUGCCGCUACAAAAAAUUACGAUUACGGAUCAUGUGGUAUAAUUAUCGACAGUGAAACUGUAAAUAACGAAGUAUAUUAUACAGUGGAGACGGAUGAAGGAGAAAAAUUACGAGUUGAAAUCAAAGAUAUUUCAUUAUCCGCUGACCAAGCUCAAGUGUUAAAGGAAGAAAUUAAUUUAGAGAAUAAAAAUCUUCCAUCUACGCCAAAGCAGUUGGCUCAAAUAACGCUAGAUAACAUGGUUGACGGAAAAAGACGUUCCAAACGAAUUGCUACUCCUAUUUUUUCUACUCCUAAAUCUAAAUUAAUUCAAACUCCCACAAGUAAGUCUGAAGUAGAACCAUCUGUUUCUGGGGUAACUUCUACAAUUAAAAAGGAGAAGAAAGUAUCUUCUGAAAAUGAUUGCGUAUCCAGUGAUUCUAAUGUUUCUAUAAAAGAUGAAGUUUUCUCUAUUGGUGUACAGCCUGAAAUAAUUGGAACACCGUAUGAACAAAUUGUAAAAGGACCACAAAAUCGAAUCAAGAGUAAGUCAAGAAGUAAAAAGAAAGUAGAUGAUGAAGAGACAAUUGCUAUGUUUGGUCCAAUUCCACAUGCAGAUUCGAAUUUCUUUAAAGGCAUGUCCUUUGUUCUCACUUGUGCGUCUUUAGAAACUAUCGAUCGAUUUCAAGUUGAUAACAAAGAUUACAGUUCGGAUCCAGGAACUGAGAACGAGGAAGAAUGGGUAAAAAAGCCUUUCAUAAGAGAUAGAUUAAACAAGCAAAUAGUGGCGGGUGGCGGUAAAGUCUAUACAGACUUCAGUGAAAUUCCUCAAGACGAGUACAAAAAUACAAAAUUGAUAACGAACGUUCCAAAUACAACUGCAAAAACUCUUUUAUGUCUUUCAGUCGGUAUACCAGCCUAUAAUCAUAAUUGGAUAAUAAGAUGCUGUCAAGAGGGAAAACUUGUAAAUCCAGCUGAAAAUGAACUACCUGCAGGAUGGAGUUUGGAUAAAAAUUCAUAUGUUGAAAUGUUCCAGAGAUUCAACAGUAAACCAUUAACUCAAGUAGUUGUAAUAAUUCCAAUUAUAGAGUCUGAAAAGCAGUUUGCUUCAUUUUGGCGUCAAAUUUGUGAAAACGCAGGUGCUGUUGUUUUAUUAGCGGAAAAACCAGAUGUAAUGGAAAAUUUUGUAGAAGGGACUGUCGUUCUUACAAACAGUCUAUGCCCGUCUUGGGCAGUGGAAAAAGCUAAUAAACUACAAAUUCCAUUACUUUCUACAACAUGGAUCGUUCAGUGUUUAAUAGAAGGAAAAUUUUGUUUGUAUGAUGCAAAUCCUCGUUAUAAAUAUAAUUAUAAGCAAAAUUAAGUACAUUUAACGAUUAAGA